UGUGACUGUGACGUCAAAAAAAUCUGUCUAUGCCGCUGCGAUAUUUUAUUAUUUCCGAAAUCCAAACGGUGUGUUUGCAUAAAUAAUUAGCAUACUUUACGUAGUUAUGAUUAUAAAAGUGUGAAAUGUCGAAAGUAAAGAACAAAAAGAAUAUAAAAGCCGGCUGUAUUUACAGGAUAGCGCUUGAAAACUUUGUAACAUACAAGAGUGUUGAGCUAUAUCCUAGUACUUCACUGAACUUGAUAAUCGGACCCAAUGGGACAGGAAAGUCAACAUUUGUCUGUGCCAUCAUUCUGGGGUUGUGUGGCAAGACCAGUGUUAUUGGAAGGGCUAAGAAAAUAUCCGAAUAUGUGCGGAGUGGAUGCGAAGAUGCUACAAUCGAGAUUGAGCUCUACCAAGGACCGGGCCAGCCAAAUGUUGUCAUAACAAGGAGUUUUGAUUUGACCGAUACAUCCAAAUGGUCAAUUGACCAUAAGACGGUUCGGGAAAAACAGGUGCAAGAACUUAUAGCAUCUCUGAAUAUACAGGUAGACAAUCUCUGCCAGCUUCUACCACAAGACAGGGUCCAAGAUUUUUCCAAAAUGGAUCCCCAACAGUUAUUACGCAGUACCCUCUCUGCCGUCGGUGGUCAAGAGAGUGUGAACCAAUUAGAUGAGCUUAUAGAGUGUCGGACACAGCAACGGGGUUUAUCUACCAAGUUGCAGAAUAAUGCUCAAGUUAUGCAAGAGCAGAUACGGCUGAAUGAAAGGCUCAAAGUAGUAAUAGACGCCAUGCAACAACGCAAAGAGAUAGAGAAACGAAUAGAAAUAUGUGAGAAGAAGAAACUCUGGUUAGAAUAUAAUGAGUUGAGGAAGAAGGCUGUGGAGUUCUCCAAGGAUAAGAAAGAAGCGGAGAAGAUUGUGAAUAGCCAUAAGAAGAAAGUUGAACCGCUUGAGAAAGUUAUAGAUAAAGCUAAAAGUGAGAUUAGCCAGAUGGAACAAAAGAAGUUGGCUGCUAACAGAAAAAUCUACGCAAUAAAGGACCAAGUAAAAGAGAUGAUAAAUUCCGUCAGAACUCAAGAGUUCAAGCUGAAAGAAUUCGAAGCUUCUUACCAAGAGAAGUUAGAACGUUAUCGCAAUAGAGAGAGAGAGUUGCGCGAAGCCAAAGCUAAGUUGGGGAAACUUACAAUGGAUAAAAAUGUGGUUGAGAAGACGGUUGGGGACGCAACAAAAGUGAAGAUGGAGUUAGCGGAACUUCACAAGUCUAUAACAAAAACGAACGCGGCCAUUGACAUCUUGAAGAAGCAGAGGUCAGAAGUGCAAUUUGACCUGGAGAAUAACAUCAUGCCGCAGAUCAGACUUUAUCAGAACAAGAAACGUAAACUAGAAGAUGUGGAUGUGAAACGUUUGAACGUUCUACGCGAUUACAGCGAAGAUGCCUACACAGCUGUGUUGUGGCUGCGAGAACACAGACAGUUGUUCCAACAGCCAGUACACGAGCCUAUGUUGCUAGAGAUAAGUUUCACGGAUCCGAAAUUCGCUCGCUACUUAGAAUCCACAGUAUCUGGUCGUGAUCUAGUGGCGUUCACUUUCGAAUCCAGCCGGGAUAUGAACCUGUUUCUUCAGAAAGUUCGAGUGGAAUUGGGCUUGAAGAGAGUUAAUGCUAUAUGCAGUCAAGGCGGGCCUGUUGAUAGACCGCCCAGUAAUAUACAGCAGAUUAGCUACCUAGGUUUCUACACGUACUUAGUGGACACGAUAACGGCUCCGAACGCGAUACUUCGAUACCUCUGCAAGCAGUACUCCGUUCAUCGCAUCCCUCUCGGCAAUGAUCAUACUUACCGCAACAGUGAAUCAGUGCCCGCCAAUAUCAACUUCUUCUUUACUGAAAACCAUAGAUUCUCCGUUCGCGUAUCAUCAUAUAGCGGGGAGAAAUCUGUGUCGACCACCGAGGUACGAGAAGCGAAACUCAUGGCGAACACUGUUGACCUUGAGGAGAUCACCAACUCCAAUAACCAAUUAGCAAUAUUCGAGCAACAAGCGCAAGGACACAAAUCCAAAAUGGCGGAGAUUGACAAGAAACUGCACAUUUUGGAGGGAAACUUGAACGAGUUGAAUUUGAGGAGGAAAGCUGUUAACGAAGGUGAAGAGAAAGUACGUACAAUCCUAGCCCAAAUUCGCAUACAAACCAAGAAGGUACAAGACAUUGAAACGGAACCUACUUUCGAUAUGCAACAAGAAAGAGAUCGCACUAGAAAGAAACAAAAAGACUGUGUACUCAAACAGUGUAAAGUACAUGACGACUUGAAUAGCUCUAUGAAAACAUUGGCUACGGAAAUCAGAAAUGGGGAAAUUUGGAAGGCAAAACUUGAGUUCUACAGAAACAGUAUAGUACAACAGGAAACUGAGUUGCGAGAAUUGAAAAAUGAAUUGAGGAAUGUUCAGGCAACCCUAGAAAACAUAGAGAACCAACUUACCCGUGCAAAAUCGAAUGCCAAAGAGAAGCUUUUGGAAGCUAAAAGGAGUUGCAACAACAAACUACCGGAUGACGACGAUUUUCCUUACAAGGAAGAUUUUGAUGUCCUACCGGCAGAUAUUACGAGAUUGCAAGAACAUUGUUAUGAGUUGCAAACUAGAGUGGAUUGUAUGGAUCAAGGGGAUGAGCAGGUUAUCAAAGAGUAUGAAGAACGAGAGAAGUUAAUAGCGAAAUUGAAAUCCGAAGUUAGCAACUCCAGUGAUACAAACAAGAUGCUUGCGAAGAAAAUGGCAGCUAUACAAGCAAAAUGGCUGCCGCCUCUAGAAAACCUACUGCGGGAUAUAGGCAAAAGUUUUGCGGAUAUGUUCGCUAAAUUGGGCUGUGCUGGGGAAAUUAAACUUGAGAAAGGAGGUAGCGACGAGGAUUACGACCAAUACGGCAUAGCGAUUCUCGUACGUUUCCGCGCAUCGGAAGAAUUACAGCAGUUGACUCGUCACGCGCAGUCCGGCGGUGAACGAGCUUUGUCUACUGCCUUAUAUCUUAUGGCGUUACAGCGACUCACUACAGUGCCUUUCAGAUGCGUAGAUGAAAUAAACCAGGGCAUGGAUCCUAUAAAUGAACGUAAAAUGUUCGAGUUGCUCGUCAAAGUGACCACCGAAUGUGAUAAUGCGCAGUACUUCUUAUUGACGCCUAAGCUUCUAACAAACUUGGAGUACAAUUCAAAAAUAAUGAUCCACACAAUUAUGAACGGACAGAAGAUAAUGCGUUAUAACAAAUGGAAUUAUGACUCGUUCUUACAAAACGCACGACAGUAUAGGAUGGCGUGACACGUGUGUUUGUUUAUGUCUGACACUUGCGCAAAUAUUAGAAAUUUAAAUAAAACUAUUUUUACAGAUUUUAUCGCGGUUAUAUUAAUAUUAUUUAAUCUCGAUGUUUCGGGAUCUUUACAACAUCCAUAGUCACUGGCAGGGAUUGUUACAGCCUUUGUAUCGUCCCACUGCUGGGCUGCGGCCUCCUCUCUCACGGAGAAGGAUUGAGCGUUAAUCACCACGCUUGCUCAAUGCGGGUUAUUGGUGAACAGUCUUUAUAGUCCAGGUUUCCUCAAGAUGUUUUCCUUCACCUUAUUAUCAGCCAUUGGUGUCUCUGUAUCUAACUGGCAGGGAUUUACUAAUAUUAAUAUAACCGCGAUAAAAUACGAAAAAGUAGUUUUAUUUAAACGUAUGAUUGUUUGUUUGUUGUAUAGACAUUUUUUAAUGUUAAACUUGUACUUAUGUCGUUUUGAGUUACGCGAUUUUGUGUCAAAAUGUUUUUUUGUAGUCAGGAGUAAGCAUGUAUAAACUUGGCAAAAAAUAAAGUUUUCUUCGUGAAGUUUUAAUUUAUAAUUUGAAAUGAGAUCUAUUUUGUAAUAUUGUGGCUUUCAAAAUAUUGUGCUAGUGAAAGCUUUUAAUAUUAAUCAAUGCAACUGGAGCAAAUUUCUUUUAAAUUUUGCCAAGUGUAUUCAUGCGUACAAGGAUCCGGAUAAAUCCGAAAUCGCGUAAUAUCAAGACGAUAAUUAAUUAAUGUUAAAAUCUGAAACCACCAAAAUAAUAGUACAAAGUAGUCAAUAGUUUUUUAUAAUCAAUACAAUACUACAGUAUACAUAGGUACUUCCUAUUAACAUAACAUAGCAUUUUUUAAAGAUAAAAUAGUAAAUAAUAGUGAACACGUCCUUAUCUUGCAUCUGAAAGAAAUGUAGGUUAUUUUUCCAUGUUUUUAAUAUGUGAAAACUCAGUUUUCAUGAAAUACGAAUAAUUUUAAUUGAUAUUUGUGUCAUAAUUCUUGUAUAUGUGGUGCCUAACUUCAUGGCGUAUUGUAACAUUGCGUAGGUCUAUGGUAAUAAACCAUUUUGAGGUCAUACUCUGAAGUUAGUCGCAAGCCGCCAAGAAGUUUGGCGUGAUCUGUACUUUUUUAAAUGUCGUCUAAAUGUCUUUUAUACGUGUGUCUUAAUUUUAAAUUAAUGUAUAUGUUCGGGGAUGUGCGUUGUUUGUUGAUGUUGAAUGAGAUGAGAAACUCGCGAUUAUCGUUAACUUUGUUUAUUUACGAAAAUCGUUACAAAAAUGUUAGUUGAAUGCACGCCCGUGUACGAUGACGACCGAAAAUGCACUAAAAGCUAAAAAUUGUGGGCCGAGGCUCACGUGUUUGCGUAAAGGUGUUCGGUUACUCCGAACAGUAUAUUAAUGUUAUGUAUUAAUACAUUUAAUGUAUGAUCAAAGAAAAUGUACGACGUGAUAAUCAAGCUGUGUUGAGGAUUUCUUUAUGUGUUAAACUAAGCCCAAGUUCACCGACAAUUUAUUCGUCAGUUUUCAUAAAACAACUGUUUAUAUGAAUUUUCAAGUUAAGAGGCUGACACCACCCAAAACAAAAUACGUACGAAAGAGAACCCUGAUGACGGGACGUUCGUAACAUAGUAUAAAUUAAUAGCUUAAAAAUGAGUUGAAAUAAAAAUCAACCAAGUUCUGUAUUUACAUAUGGACUCGUUAAUGUUAAAAAUUUUAUCAAUGUACGUUGAUAAGUAUUACAGAUAUUUUUGUUGGAAGAUCAUUUUAAGAGGUAAGUUUACAUUUCUUUGUAUCGAGAACCUGUUUUGAAAUAACAGGGUUCUCAGAAUUAUGUUCAAGAAUAAUAUACAUUUUUUUCGCAGUCAAAAACUGUAUAGAUUUUGACAAAAAAUUGUUUGAAACAAUAAAAUUUUAUGAAAAACUGACGUUUAUUUAUUUUGUGGGUGAAAUUGGGCGUUGUAAUGUUAGUGUAUAGUUAUUUUUGUAUCUGAUUGUCUAUUUGUAUGUCACAAUGGAAAUAUAUUAUAGGAAUUCUGUAUGUUUUGUGUUUGAGAUUUUAAUAGGUACUAAGGGCUUUUACAUAUUACGCCGCAGUGAUAUUAUUUUGCCUUUAUCAACCAAACUCGUACAUUCUGAUGGAAAUUGCGUCAAUGCGUAGUGUGUAAGGACUAGAUUCCACCAAAGCGGACCAGAUUUGUUUAAAUAAAGGUCUCUGCACGGCGCGGGCGCGGCGCGGCGGCAUCGGUCACACUGCGGGCGCGAUCCCGUCCCGCCUGUAUUCGUGUGUUGUAUGCGUGACUUGUACUCCCGCUCGGCGCGGGAGCGGCAGGAUCUUACGCGUAUAAUGAAAUGGACCGGCCCUCGAAUACAGCGGCGCGGGAGCGGCGCGGCGGCGGGCAACGAGCGCUGCGCUCCAGUCACGCGGUGACCGCCCGCGCCGCCGCCGCUGCCGCCCCGCUGCCCGCAAAAUUCGAGGCAGAGGCCUGACAGUUACCGUCGCGUCGAGCGGGACGGCUCUGUGUGGGGUGUUCCCUAAUAUCUAGUACAUCACAACUGCUCAGUGUCGCGUCGCCGUCCCGUCCCGCCGCGCCGCACCCGCGCCGUGCAGAGACUUUUACCAAUCCUACUAAUAUUAUAAAUGUGAAAAAUCGUGAGAAUGUAUGAUGUAUGUUUGUUAUUCUUUAACACACGAAGCUAGCUGGUAGAAUAUUUACCUAUACCAAUAAGUUAUCUGCUCAAAAAAAGCUACUGAUCAGACCGAGAUGAUAACUUAGUUCUAUCGAUUGUUCAAAAAUUUUUUCGCUCUGCUUUGGUGGAGUCUCGGCCUAGACUAGUGAGUGUAAAUGCCGUUGCGUUUAUUUACGUAGAAUAAAAAUCCAUUUUUACUCAAAUCAUAAUUCGUGAUACACAGUGGAAAAUUAAAUGCAGGCAUUUAAAUAAUAAGUCACUUUUAUACGAUAAUUAAGUUUUUUAUUCAGUAUCCAAAUACAUUGCGUAUUUCAGUGAUAAUAUUAUCGUAAUAAUAAAUAAUUAUUUUUUAAUAA